CAGCAAGCAGUGUGAGCGAGCGAGGAGACGACCAAGACGGUUCGCCGAGAGUUACGCACUGAGUAUGUGCUGGCGGCGGAUAACGGCGGACGGACCUAAAACAAAGUGUGCGUGUGCGUGUGUGUGUUUCUCUUUAUUUUCUUUUGUAACAACAAUAUUAGUUAAAUUAUAAUUAUACUGUACAAAUCGAAAACUGCAGAACUGAGCAGCAUUUUGUCGCAGCAGAAUUCAAAGCGCAGCUUGAAUAAACUGUAAAUCAAAACAAAACGAAAAAUAUAUCAAAUCAAAAAGCAAACAAACAAAAUCAAAAACAAACUUAAAAUAAAUAUAAAAAUACAAAAUAAAAGAUGACGGACAUUGCGGAGCUGUUAAACAGCAUGUCGAGCAAAUUUAACAGCGACUGCGCCACCAGCACCGCCGAGGGCGGCACGCUGCUAAACUUGGACCUGGCCGAGGAUAAGACGCUGAAGUGGCGCAAUUUGGCCCAUAAUCAGUUUGCUUGUAAGGACAAGGAUAAAAAGCAAUGUCACAAGAGCGACGAAUUGCACGAGAAGCAACAGGAGGCGCAGCAGCAGCAACAUCAGCAGCAACAACAACAACAACAACAGUCGCCACCGAAGCUCGAUGCGGCAGUCAAAUGCGAGGCGGAAGCUGCAGACGGCGCCCAGCAACUACCUCAAGGCCAGACCCAAAGCCAAAGUCAGGCUAGCGACGCUGACGUCGACGCCGAUGCCGACGGCGACGGCGAAGCUAACGUCGACCGUGCAGAAAUACCCAAACAAAUUGCGUCGACGGUGGCGGCGGCAGCAGCAGCAGCAACAGCAACAACAGUGACAGUGACUGGCGAGACGCCAGUAAAAGAAGUCGCAGCAGCAGCAGCAGUGGCGACGACGUCGCCGUCGCCGCCGUCUAACGAAACGACGGCAGCGGCAGCGACAACAGCCGACAAUAAAAACGGUAAUGACGAUGACGUUGCCGAGUGCGCAGCCGAAGCAGCUGAAGUAGCGGCAGUCGACGAUGACAAUGCUGCUGCCGCAACAGAAGAAGAAGAAGAAGAGGCGGCAGCAGCAGCAGCAGCAGCGGCAGUCAAAUUGGAGCAGGAAGCGUGCAAAAGCGCAGCAGCUGUGGCCGAACUGGCCACGCCGUCUGCGCACAUUUCCAUAGCAACAGCAGCAGAAACAACAAAAACAACUACAACAACAACAACAGGCGAAGGCAUAAAGACUGAAACUGAGAUGGAAACCGCAAAUGCAACAGCCAAAGAGGAGCUUCGAGAGGAACAGCAACAGCUACAGCAGCCGCUGCAGGAGCAAACGCUGACUGCGCAGUGCGCACCAAGCGCAGACGCAGCAGAAGCAGAAGCAACAGACGAGGUCAAAUUGUCGGUUACAGUCGCAGCAUCAUCGGCAACGGCAUCCCCAGUGCCAGCAGCAGCGCCAGCGCCAGCCGCUCCACUUGUUGUCAAUUCUGCUGCCAAUAGUAGUAGUAGCAUCGGCAGCAGCAGCGAAAAUUUCGACGUCGCCGCUGACGCAACAGAUUCGACUUCGAUGAAUGCGGUUGCUGCUAGCGACGACGUCGCAGCUCCAAUAGCAGCAGCAGCAGCAGCAGCAACAACAGCGCAAGCCAGUGCUGAUAAAAACGAACAAAAUGCGUCGAUGCGUCGCCUGCGCCGCACGCCGCGGCCCACAGACACGCCCACGCCAACGCCCUCGGCUGCAGAUGAGCCAACGUCGCCGAUGCCGACGCCAGAGGAGGAGCCGCAGGCAACGGGCAGCCAGGAGCAAGUGAUGCCCGCGGAGAACAACGAACUGGCCAGCGAUGUUAAAAAGGAGCCGGAAAAAGCGGCUGGCUGCGGCGACAUGGAGGCAAAUGCAGCAAAUGCGCCGCCAGCACCAAAACGCGGACGCGGACGUGCCAAAAAGAUAAAGCCCGAAACGGAUGCAGCUCUGGAGCCGGCCGGUACGGUUAUGGAGCUGGCGAGCGCGGCGUUGCCUCUGGCCCAGCCGCUGCUUGGCCAGGAGGAGGCUGCCUCGCCACAGCCGGCGGCUGCAGUGGAGCGCAAAGCGGGCCGCAAGCGCAAGCCGCCCGAGGAGGAGCUGCCAACGGACUUCACAACGGCGCUGGUCAUCAAAACCGAACAGGACGAUGAGGCCGGCGCAUUGGCCCCAGCGCCCAGCAGCGAUGGCAAAAGAAUGCGACGCAGCGUCCGACUCGGCAAUCGUUUGGAUCAGGCUAACGCCUGGACGGAUGACGUGAAAACCGAGCCGCUGGUGCCGGCCGUCAGUGAGCUGCCGGUGCAGCAGCCCCCGCCGCCGCCGCCGCCACCGCAGUCUGCAGCAGCUGCAGCUGCAGCUGUUGAGCAGCUAUCGGCGGCUGCGGUCACGCUGGACGAGAAGACGCCGCCCAAGAAGCGUGGACGGAAGGCAAAGAUACCAGUGCAGCCGCUGCCGCCGCCGGCGAGUCGAGCGGAUUCAGCGGCACAAACUGUGCUCCUUGCGGCUGGCAGCGGGAGUGCAGGCAUUGCCAUUGUGGCGCUCUCCAAUGGCAACAAGCGCGCCGCGACAACAGCAAAUCUGGCGCUGGCAAGCACUUCGGCUGCAACUUCGAGCAGCGCGAUGGAGCAGCAGCAGCAACAGCUGCCCAAGCGCUCGAAGCGGCGCAUCAAGCCCACAACGAAAAUACUGGAGAACGAUGAGCUGCGCUGCGAGUUCGAGACGAAGCACAUCGAGCGCAUGACACACUGGGAGUCAACGGCCGACGGGGAUGCCCUCCACUUUGAGACGCCGCUGCAGUCCUGCAGUGCUGGAGGCGGCGGCGGCGGCUCGAACUCAUCGACAUCGCGUCAGAAGAGCGACAAAUCGGAUGGCGGUAGCGGACUGGAACAGCAUCCGGCGGGCACGAACGCCAUCAAGAAGCGUCUGUUCUCCAAAGCGCAACGUGACAUUGACAAUUCGGACGCAGCGCUGCUGGCGAAGAGUCAACUGCGUCCCUGUCCCAAUUUUGAGCAAUUCCUGAGCGACGUCAAAGCGGCCAAACUGAAUGCCAAUCGCUCGCCCGAGGAGCGCAAACUGAACAAGAAGCAGCUGCGCAAGCUGGCCAAGCAAAAGGAGAAGCAUCUCAAGCAUCUGGGUCUGCGGCGCAACAACAGCGAGGAGGCCAGCGACAACGACAGCUCCAACACGGACAACGAGGAGUUCGUGCCGACCACGCGUGUUCAGGUGGGCAAGCCGAGCGUCACGCUGCGUCUGCGCAAUGCCUCGAAAGAGCCCGCUGCACAGAAGCAGCAGACGCCCCCGCCGCCGCCGCCAGCUGUGCCGCCCAAGCUGACGCGACGUGUGGCCGUGCGCGGCAACAAUGCGACAACAGCAGCAGCAGCAGCAGCAGCAGCAGCAGCGGCGGCGGCAGCGGCAGCGGGAGCUGCCACAACGCUGGAGCAUGGCCAGCUGCAUAGGCUGAACAGUGCCAUUCUGGCGGCCACAGAUGCCAGCGAUGCCAUUGCCAGCACCUCAGCUGCUGCGGCUGCGGCUGCUGCUGCUGCUUCCGGUUCCGGUUCCGGCUCCUCCUCGGCUGCCGUCAAGUUUAUUUGCCUGUGCCAGCGCGGCUCACAAUACUAUGCCCGGAAUGCGCCGGAUACCUCAUAUUGCUGCGGCAUCGACAACAUCGAUGAGCAGAAGAUUGGCUGCUGCAACGAACUGGCCGCCGAGGUGCACAAUCUGCUGCGUCCCAGCCAGCGUGUCGGCUAUAUGAUACUCUGCGAUGAGCACAAGAAGCGCUUGCAAUCGCACAAUUGCUGUGCCGGCUGUGGCAUAUUCUGCACACAGGGCAAAUUUGUGCUGUGCAAGCAGCAGCAUUUCUUUCAUCCGGAUUGCGCGCAACGCUUCAUACUCAAUAGUCCAUAUGAUGCACAACAGGCACAGAAUGCCGGCGGCCCUGGCGGCAACUAUGCCAGCCCCCUGCUGGUGCUCAAGUGUCCGCACUGCGGCCUGGACACGCCGGAGCGCACCUCAACGGUCACCAUGAAAUGCCAAACCUUGCCGGUCUUUCUGCCCGCACAGAAGACCAAAAUCAAACCCGCCAAGUUGACCACCUCCGCGCAUUUGACGCAGUUCGCCAAUGCAGCUAGCAGCAGCACAGCUGGCGGACCAAAGGCAGCCGGCAGCACAGCUGGCGGAGGCAGCAGCUCCGCCAAGCCGACAGCUGGUGGACGCGGCAAGGCGGCAACGGCCGCCGGCAGCUACAGCGGCAAGUCGAGUGGAGCACGCGGCAAGGGAACGGCUGCUGCUGCUGGUCAGGCACUGAACAUCAUUAACUUUGAGCAGCUGAUACCCGAGUCGGUGAUGAAUGUGGUGCUGCGUGAUCGGAUCGUCUCGUCCAGCGGUCGGGUGACCACCGAGUUCAAUUCGCGCGACAUGUACUACGCCGUGCAGAACGAUGAUCUGGAGCGUGUUGCCGAGAUUCUCGCUGCCGACUACAAUGUGCUGACGCGUAUGCGUGAAUUCCUAAAUGGCACCUGCCUGCAUCUGGUGGCCCAUUCGGGCACUCUGCAAAUGGCCUAUCUGCUGCUCUGCAAGGGCGCCAGCUCGCAGGACUUUGUCAACAUUGUCGACAGCGAAUUGCGCACGGCUCUCAUGUGCGCCGUCAUGAAUGAGAAAUGCGACAUGCUUAAUCUGUUCCUGCAAUGUGGCGCCGAUGUGGCCAUUAAGGGCCCCGAUGGCAUGACGAGUCUUCAUAUUGCCGCAAAACUGGGCAAUCUGGAGGCUGCCCAAUUAAUUGUGGACAGUUAUCGCGGCUCGCGCAACAUUGCCAACUUUCUGAGCUUUAUCAAUGCCCAGGAUGAGGGAGGCUGGACGGCCAUGGUCUGGGCAGCUGAGCUGGGGCACACGGAUAUCGUUAGCCUGUUGAUCAAUCACGGCGCAGAUCCGAAUAUAUGCGACAAUGACAACAACACGGUGCUGCAUUGGUCCACGCUGCACAACGACGGCCUAGAGACGAUAACAGUGCUGUUGCAGGCGGGCGCCGAUUGCAAUGUACAGAAUGUGGAGGGCGAUACGCCGCUACACAUUGCUUGCCGGCAUUCGGUGACGCGCAUGUGCAUAGCCUUGAUAGCGAACGGUGCCGAUCUGAUGAUCAAGAACAAGGCGGAGCAGUUGCCCUUUGAUUGCAUACCCAACGAGGAUUCGGAAUGCGGACGCACCGUUGGCUUUAACAUGCAGAUGCGCAGCUUUCGGCCGCAGGGACUGCGCACUCGGGUGGUCUGUGCUGAUGCCUCCAACGGACGCGAGGCGCGUCCCAUACAGGCGGUACGCAACGAGCUGACCAUGUCGGAGCAUGAGGACGAGGCCGAUGCGCUCAUGUGGCCGGAUUUCAAGUACAUUAACAAGUGCAUUAUACUGCAGAAUUCGGUGCAAAUCGAUCGACGCGUCUCCCAGAUGCGCAUCUGCUCGUGCUUGGACAGCUGCAGCAGCGAUCAGUGCCAGUGCAAUGGCGCCUCAUCCCAAAACUGGUAUACGGCCGAGAGCCGUUUGAAUUGUGACUUCAACUACGAUGAUCCGGCUGUCAUAUUUGAAUGCAACGAUGUCUGCGGCUGCAAUCAGUUAUCCUGCAAGAAUCGCGUCGUGCAGAACGGCACGCGGACGCCGCUUCAGAUUGUGGAGUGUGAGGAUCCGGCCAAGGGCUGGGGCGUGCGUGCGCUGGCCAAUGUGCCGAAGGGCACAUUUGUCGCCAGCUAUACGGGCGAGAUAUUGACUGCACCCGAAGCGGAUCGCCGCACCGACGAUAGCUACUAUUUUGAUCUGGACAAUGGGCAUUGCAUUGAUGCCAACUAUUAUGGCAACAUCAGUCGCUUCUUCAAUCACUCGUGCGAGCCGAAUAUAUUGCCGGUGCGCGUCUUUUACGAGCAUCAGGAUUAUCGUUUCCCCAAAAUUGCGUUCUUUGCCUGCCGCGACAUCGAUGCCGGAGAGGAGAUCUGCUACGAUUAUGGAGAAAAAUUCUGGCGUGCCGAUCAACGUAUCAGCGGAGGCGGCUGCAAGUGCCUGACGGCCUCCUGCAAAUAUUCGCAGCACACGUUCAGCUUGAGUGGAUCGCCAGCAGCGGCAAUAGCUGCCGAGGAGGCGUCUGGCGGGCAGACAACGGCACAGGAGCAGCAUUUCAUAGAUCCCUUGAUCUAGUAUACACGAUCUAACAUAAUGAUUCCAUAACCAAAUCCAGUCGAGCAUUGAACACACACACAACGCAACACACAACAAACAGAGACAAAGAUCGAAACGGAGACGGAGGCGGAGGCGGAGACGACAUUGACUCUCUUGGCCAAGCCAUGUUGCCAAGCAUCACAGACAAAAGAGCGCCAUAUUUAUAUAUUCUAUAUAUAUGCAUAUAUAUCUAUAUAUAUAUAUAGAAAAUCAAAUCAAAUCAAAUCAAAAUCAGAGCCAACAGCAACAACAAACUAAAGAUGUUUUGUUUGUUUUUGUUGUUGGCCCUCGACUGCCAAAUGUUUCAAGGUUUUUAUAUAGUUAUUGUUUAAACCAAUAUUCAUAUGUAUAUAUUAA